UUACUAUCUGUCAAUAUCGAGGCAUCUGUCCUCCGCGGCGAUUGGCUCAACGAUGCCCGUGACUGUUAGCCAGUCUUCGACAAGCUCCCUCCCGUUCGGGGCCAAGACUGUCCAGCCGGACAUUCCAGGACGCUUGAAUCGGGCCCCACCCCCUGGGAUGCACCGCGGUGGCUUUGCGCCGCCGAGUUCGUAUAGCCCUGCAUUCGGGCGAAGUGGCCCGGCGACGCAGGUCGAGGUGAAAGCGCCGUCAGACCUCAAGCAGCUGCGACUUAUACACAAGACGUUGGAGAAUUUACUAAGCUAUGGUCCGGAGUUUGAGGCGUUAUUGAUGAGUAGACCGGAGGUCCAGAGAGAUGAGAAAUGGGCUUGGAUUUGGAACGCACGAAGCGCUGGCGGUGUGUACUAUCGGUGGAAGUUGUGGGAGGUUUUGACCAACAGCCGACCUGCUGGUGGCCGACGGGGACGAUCUCAACCCCAGAGCUCAUCUCUCAUAUUUGAGGGAGGCGCCCAGUGGGUCCCGCCCGAGGCUCAUAUCAAAUUCGAAUAUACUACCCAGAUGGAUGAGUUCGUGACAGACGAAGACUACGAUUCUUCGGACGAGGAGAUGUCGGAUUACGAAGAUGAGAGACGUGUCGUUGGCGGAGCGCCGCCAGCGGAAGGACUAAGCGCUGGUAACGAAGGGUUGGGGUACAUGAACCCUCUGCAAAAGGCCAAAUUGACCCAUCUGCUGGCACGACUUCCGACCACUCACGCCAAGCUACGAAAGGGAGAUGUUGCCCGGGUGACUGCCUUUGCUAUUGAACAUGCCGGGGCAGGGGCUGAAGAGGUCGUGGAGAUGAUUGUGUCGAAUAUCAUCAAACCAUAUGCUUUCACGGGGGCCAAUCCGGACCGCGAAGCAGAACAAGGGCUGGCCCGCAAAGAGCAAUUCGGAGAGUCGGGCAACGACAACGCGGUCGAGGAGGGGCGGACAACCUCAAAGAUCCUGGACACCUCGUCUGCCAAGUUAGUUGGUCUGUAUCUCGUGUCCGACAUACUCUCGUCAUCUGCUACGAGUGGCGUGCGCCAUGCUUGGCGAUACCGACAGCUUUUUGAAUCGGCACUGAAGACGCAGAAGGCCUUCGAGCAUCUUGGCAGACUCGAGAAAGACCUGGCCUGGGGCCGGUUGAAGGCUGAAAAGUGGAAGCGCAGCGUUGGCUCUUUACUGAACCUAUGGGAAGGCUGGUGCGUGUUUCCGCAGUCGAGCCAGGAGCAUUUCUUCCAGAUCUUCGAGAAGCCGCCUCUCACGGAAGAAGAGCUACAGGAAGAGAGAGAGAAGGCUGAGGCCGAACGGGUGGCCAGCGCGUUCUCCAAGAACAAAAACCGCUGGAAGACCGUCGACGAGGAUUCGGCUUCUGGAAAGUUCGAUCCCAGUCGGGCUGCGGCCGCCGAACCGGAUCGCAUGGAUAUCGAUCAGGACAAACAUGGCAGUACCGGGGCAGAGACUUUGGACGGGGUAUCCAUGAGUGAUAUCGACGGUGAGCCAAUGGAGGACAGUGACCUGGAGGUAUCGGAUGGUGAACCCUUGGAGGAAGAGCCCCCUGAGAAUGAGAAUGAGCUGAACAAGCAACCGGCCCAAUCGGGACCUCCGCCUCCAGUACGCAAGCCACGGCCUAAAGCAGAGGACAUGUUUGCAGACUCGGACUCAGAGUGAUUAUAGCGUUCAACAGCGAG